AUGUAUUCAUGUAUAUCCGAUUUACUCAGUGCCACUGGAUACUUAUUAUUUCAAGAACCAGCAUGGCUUGGUUUAGCACCGACUUUCUAUUUGGAGAACGCUUGGUGGAUAGCAAAGAACUUCUUUCAGAUUGUGAACAUUUGCGGAAUUGCCGUGUCCAAUGUGCCUCUCUAUCUGCAUUUCUUCUUGGCGGUUAAUCGUUUCACAGCUAUUAGAUUACCUGCACGUCCCAUUUACACCGGUGAAGGGUUUCAGGCAACUGUUAUUUUCAAAGGAUAUCAAAUGGAUAAUGGCCAAAUCAAAAGUGUCGCAUUCCGUUUCGUUCAUCCUUUUCCUACACAAAUGUAUACACUUUAUGUGUUAUGUUUGAGUGCCUUCAUAUUUCCGACUAUUCUCGUCUACGUCUACCUCCUCGGAUAUAUCUGGUUCCUGAAGGUAAUAUUUCACAUAAUUAUUUUGUGUUGA